AUGACGCGAGGUUGGCUAGCCUUGUGCUUACCUCUACUAUUACUCUUCUCAUUUUAUUCUUUGGGCAUUGCUGCUCCUGUCGAAUUUGUUCGACGUGCAGAUGGUGAAGACUCGAAGCCAUCACUAAGGAUCCUCCCACUGGGUGCAUCGAUCACUUGGGGACUCCUAUCCCCGACUGGUAAUGGAUACCGAAAGCAUCUGCGUGAUCAGCUUCGCUUUGAUGGCUGGAACGUAGACAUGGUUGGAAGCAGGUCUAAUGGAGACAUGGAAGAUGACGACGUCGAAGCACGCUCUGGCGACGUUAUUACACAAGUCGAAACUGCCGCAGCAAAAUCAGUCGGCUAUAAGCCAAAUGUGGUCAUUAUCAACGCUGGAACGAAUGACUGCAGACAGGGAGUUGACAUACCAAACACUGGUACCCGGAUGGAACACAUGAUUAAGAAUCUUGUCGGCUCGGAGGACAUGAAUGAUACCCUGAUUGUCCUGUCUACUCUAAUUCCGUCUACCCAAAAGCUGGUAGCAGCGCAUCGAGAUGAAGUGAAUAAGCAAUAUCGUGACUUGGUAAAGUCCAUGCAACAGAAUGGUGUCAAUAUUGUCCUAGCAGACAUGGACCCUCCCGCCCCCAAUGUUGCUAAUGGUUGGAUAUCAUGGCCUGAGGAUUUUACCUCUGAAAAUGGGGCUGUGGAUGACACGCACCCAAACGACCGUGGAUACGCAAAGAUGGCAUAUGUGUGGUACAGAGCAAUUGACGAUGCCUAUGCCAAUGAUCUCAUUUCCGAGCCAGUAGAUACAGGCUCCUCAUCGGGAGGUAAAACAUGUGAAAAGACACCUGGCAAUGGUAUCUAUGCUGGUGGCCUUACCCAGAAGGGCAGUGGUGAGGAUGACGGGAUCUACUACCACUCAAGCGAGAGCAUGGGUGUUGUCUAUUCCCUAUAUGGUGAGAAGGACUUCAGCGAAAAGAUAUUCUUUGCCCGUCUAUAUGACCAGGAGAGAGAUGACAUUCUCGUCUGGCACGAGUCCGAGAACACUGUGCAGUAUCAAGUCUACAAAAAUAAUGGGGGCUCAAAACUGUUUGACAGCCCCAUACUUGUCAGUGUUAAAGAUAAUUGCAUCCCAAGGGGUGUUCAUUUCAUUGAUAUCAACGGGGACGGUCUGGAUGAUUUUGUCUGCAUCGGUACAGAUGGCACGGCGUAUGCCAGUGUCAACAACGGUGAUGGGUCUAGCACAAAAGCCCCGACAUUCACCUCUCUUGGAAAAUGGAAGGACAGUGAAGGCGAUCAGGAAAAUGUCCGACUUGGAGACGUCGACGGAGAUGGAAGAGCAGAUUACUGUAUUGUUGCUAGCAAUGGUGAUAUCACCUGCUGGAGAAACGGAUGGAUCGACGAUCUUCCGGCGUACUGGCAACCACUUGGCAAGAGAUUUAUCAACAAAGAAAUGGGUGACAUCAAAGGUGUUCGAUUCGAAGAUAUCAACGGUGAUGGACGCGACGACUGGAUCUGGGUGGACGAUGAUGGCGCAACGACCACCUACACCAACUCCCGUAGCUGUGCCAAAGGAAAGGAAGGGGAUGGUCUCAACGUUGUCUGGCGUCAGGGAUUCCAGAAAGGUCAAACUUCUGGACCUACACACUCAGGAAUGGGAGGCAUCUCUGAGUCUAGUCUGCGCGAACAGAUCCAUUUCGCUCGAAUCUACGGAGAACGCCAGGACUUCGGCCUUCUGGGGCGUCAAGACUAUGUUUUUGUCGAAAGGGGAGAGUUCGUGGACGAAAACCUUGGUUUUUCGUGGGAUUUUCAUGUGUGGAAGAACGUCGGAUCCGGAGCGACCAAAAUCAAGGCUGAUGGCAACCGAUACUGCAACAUGAUGGGCCAUGACGACGGGCGUAUGGAUUAUGUCUGGAUCCUUUCCAAGGGAGAUAUGCGCAUCUACCCCAACAAAGGUCUUAUAAACCUUUCCGAUUCUAGUCCCAGCUACUGGGAUGCCAGUUAUGUCAUGUUUGACCCCUCCAAGCUGUCUAUUGACAAGAAUCUUGAUCGUCGUGAUCUUCAUCUUGUCGACUGGGACGGUGACGGUGCCUGUGAUAUUGUUUGGACCGACCCAACCAACGAAAACCAACCUCAUUUGUGGCGAAACCGGAUCAAAGACACUGGAGAUUUCAAUUGGGCAUACACAGCCGACCCAGCACCGCAAGUCCGCUGUUCGGAGAAGAGGGGACUAGGCUUCUUUGAUCGACCUGUUCACCUAGCUGAUAUCUCGGGUAAUGGCAAGUCCGACUACCUUUGUGUUGAAAAAGACGGACGAGUCUCGGGGUAUGUCCACACCAACGAUGGAUGGGGUUACAUCGACCAAAUCAAAUCUGCUGAAGACAAAGACCGCCCCAACCUGCAGUGGGCGGACGUCAAUGGAGACGGCCGCGCUGAUAUGCUCCACACCAACAAGUUCAACGGCGAUGGCACAGUUUGGUAUAAUCGCGGUCGACGAGACAUUGGUGGCUCUAAGUAUUGGUGGGAGAAUUCUGGAGUGAAGUACCAAGGCACAGUGGAAGGAUCCUGCACUUACUUCCCCGAUUUGAACGGCGAUGGCUUUGCUGAUAUGCAUGCUAUCACACACUCGAUAAAUAAUACAGCUGAGACCUGGUAUAAUGACUGCAGUGGAAAGAACCAUUUUGGUGAUGAUGGCCCUAUCGAGGACCCAAAUCUUCCAAUCAUCCCGCAGUAA